AUGAGUCAAAGACGAUGGGUGGAAUUGUUAAACGCUUACGAAUGCAAGAUUCGUUAUCACCCCGAAAAAGCCAACGUGGUUGCAGACGCCCUGAGCAGAAAGGAAUACUGGAGCCGCCGAGUAAAGACGUUAACCAUGACCAUCCAUUCACACCUAUCCACACAAAUCAAAGUAACACAGGAAGAAGCCUUAAAACCAGAGAACGUGGAAGGUGAAGCAUUAAGAGGAAUGGACAAAAAUCUUGAAGUCAGGGAUGACGGAGUUUGGUGUCUCAUGAAACGGAUCUGGACACCAAAAUUUGGUGGAUUCAAGGACGUUGUCAUGAACGAAGCUCAUAAAACUCGUUACUCAUUGCAUCCCGGCUCCAACAAGAUGUAUUUAGACCUCAAGAAGUUGUAUUGGUGGUCGAACAUGAAAGCCAAAAUAGCUACCUUUGUGGGAAGUGCCUGA